CCCAUCCCCUUGCGCCUCUAUAUAAACACACCUUAAACCCUGACCUCUCAUCUCAUCUUCUUCACUGUUCGUCUCCAAUCCAAAUCUCAUCUUCAGAUUGGAAGUUGUACAGAAAAUGUCGAACCCGAAAGUUUUCUUUGACAUAUUGAUCGGAAGGAUGAAGGCGGGUCGAGUUGUAAUGGAGUUAUUUGCUGAUAAAACCCCGAAAACUGCUGAAAAUUUCCGUGCUCUUUGCACCGGAGAUAAGGGGAUUGGAUUAUCAGGGAAGCCACUGCACUUUAAGGGAUCCACAUUUCAUCGCAUUAUCCCGAACUUCAUGUGCCAGGGCGGAGAUUUCACAAGAGGCAACGGAACUGGGGGAGAGUCGAUUUAUGGGGCGAAAUUCGCAGAUGAGAACUUCAACUUGAAGCAUACUGGCGCUGGAAUUUUGUCCAUGGCGAAUUCUGGACCUAAUACGAACGGUUCACAGUUCUUCAUUUGCACCGCGAGCACACCUUGGCUUGACGGAAAGCACGUUGUGUUUGGAAAAGUUGUCGAUGGAUACAGUGUUGUUGAGAAGAUGGAAAAGGUGGGUUCAGAGCGUGGGACUACUUCUGAACCUGUUGUGAUCGAAGAUUGCGGUCAGAUAAAAGAUGAGUGUUGAUGUUUGAAUAGUUGGGGAAGUUUCAAGUAACGUCAUAGCUUAGGGUUGCUUUUAGGACUAGUUAGUUUCAAGUUUCAAGCAAAAAUUGUGUUUUCUUUGAGAAAAGUGAUGUAAUGCAAAUAAUACCUUGAAUGGAUGUAUAUUUUCUUAAAUGCUUCGAAUGUGUAUAAUCGGGGCGGUUAUUUAUC